GCCCCAGCCGCCAGCAUCCAUUCCAGCUCCCGGCCCAGCUAUGGCAUCCCUGCUACCCAGCCGGACCUUGCCCUUGACGCUGGCCCUGAUGGUUGUCCUGGCCCCGGGGGCUGCAGCUGUCUUCAACAUCUCAAGCCUCUCCGGCCUCCUGUCCCCGGCGCUAGCGGAGAGCCUGCUGGUUGCCCUGCCCCCCUGCCACCUCACAGGGGGGAACGCCACCCUGAUGGUCCGGAGAGCCAAUGACAGCACAGUGGUGACAUCCAGCUUUGUGGUGCCCCCCUGCCGUGGGCGAAGGGAGCUGGUGAGUGUGGUGGACAGCGGAGCUGGCUUCACGGUCACCCGGCUCAGGGCAUACCAGGUGACAAACCUGGCGCCAGGAACCAAAUACCACGUCUCCUACCGGGUGCAGAAGGGGACAGCCACUGAGUCCAGCCGAGAGGUCCCCAUGUCCACCCUUCCGCGACGCAAGGGGGCCUCCAUUGGGCUGGGGAUGGCCCGCACGGGGGGCAUGGUGGUCAUCACGGUGCUGCUGUCCGUCGCCAUGUUCCUGCUGGUCGUGGGCUUCAUCGUGGCCCUGGCACUGGGCGCCCGGAAGUGAGGAGGCUGAGUGGGCACAGGGGGCUCGACCAGUAGGUCAGCGCUGGCCAGCUCUCCAGUCCAGGGCUGGGCCUUUGCUUCUGACAAGCCGGCCUGUUCCCCGUCCUCAUCACUGCUCUGGCUCCUUGGUGCCUUAGCUCCCUCGCCCUCCUCCCUUUGCUCCACCCCUUGUCUCCAGGCCUCCCUUUCCCAGCUCUCCCUGUCCUCUUCCUCACCCUGCUCCUGUCAGAAUGGAGUUUCCUCCCCUUUCACUUCCUUAAUUGCCUCCAACAACAAUUCCGCCCCCCACCCAGUGCACUGAGCUCCGACAAUAAAGUGGCUCCAUUGGUUGGGGAUCCUGU